GUUUUUUUGUUAUAUAUGAUCGAAGAAGAAAAUCGUCGCUCUUGUCGUUUUCACGUGUUUCUUAAUUAGUGUGGUCGUUAGCGAUUAGGAAUAAAAAUACAUAUACAAUGACGCAGUUGGAUUCUGUAAUAAAACCGAAGACAAAGCGCUCAAAACGCUUCUUGGAGAGCAGAGCACCCAAAUUGACUGAAGAUGUGAAGAGUGCCAUGAUUAUGAAAGGAGGGAACACAAGUCAGACCGUCACGCAGGCCCUCAAGGACAUAUAUUCCCUGAAGAAACCCAAUGCUGUGCUGUACAAAAAAAAGAACAUCACUCGGCCGUUUGAGGACUCAACAUCACUGGAGUUCUUUUCCAAGAAGACAGACUGCUCCCUGUUCCUGUUCGGUUCCCACAAUAAGAAACGGCCCAACAACUUCAUAUUUGGUCGUCUAUUUGACUUCCAUGUACUUGAUAUGAUUGAACUUGGAAUUGAGAAGUACGUCUCCCUGAGUGAAAUUAAGGCCAGUAAAUGUCCUGAAGGAACCAAACCAAUGCUCGUGUUUGCAGGGGAAGCUUUUGAUACAGAUAACGAGCACAGACGUCUGAAGAGUCUGCUAAUAGACUUCUUCAGGGGUCCCACUGUGCCUGCAGUGCGUCUGGCAGGUUUAGAACACAUUUUGCACUUCACUGCCAUCGAUGGAAAAAUUUACAUGCGCAGCUACAGGUCUCUGUUGAAGAAGUCUGGCUGCCGGACACCGCGGAUCGAGCUGGAAGAGAUUGGACCGUCAUUUGACUUUGUCCUAAAGAGAACGCAUCUGGCUUCAGAUGACUUGUACAAGUUGGCUCAUAAGCAGCCCAAAGCCCUGAAGCCCAAGAAGAAGAAGAACAUUUCCCAUGAUGCCUUUGGCACCAAGUUUGGCCGUGUGCACAUGCAGAAACAGGAUCUGUCCAAGCUGCAGACACGGAAGAUGAAGGGUCUAAGGAAGAGGAGGGGCGAGGUGGUCACAAAGGAGCAGGAGGGACAGGCACCCAAGGUGGCCAAAGUAGAGAGUUGAGGCAGACUUUGUACGCCUUUUGGAUGCUUCUAUGAUUGACCGUGUGCCGCCAAACCCUCGGUAAAAUGUUUUUUUUACCGAGGGUUUGUUUUUUGUUUUUUAAAUGUGAAAUAAAUACUCCAAUUGAAUGUGUUGUUGUACCUGCCUACAUUCUGUUGUAUUGUUUAUCACGUGCACAUAUCUGGGCCUUCUCUUAAGCUUAAAUAUUUAAGCCAGUGAUGAUGGAGGGUUCAGUAGAUCAGUUAAGUUUUGCUCUCACAAAGAUAGUAAAUAUUUAAAAAAGGAUUUCUGUUCAGACUAAGUUUGUUUCAGUUCUUCGAAAGACAUGACAACAUAUUUAUAUGAAGUUUGAUUAUGCAGGGCUGGAGUUAUUUCCCUCUAAGUGCAGUAUAUUUUCUCUUCCUGGGUGUUUACUUUGUAAAACUAAAGCUGAUUAUAGUUUCUGAAAGUGUGCUUUGGCAACAUCUUGCUUGAAUUUUAGUUUUGGUUCAUUUCCCGCAUUUCUACAAGGUGACAUGUAACAGGACAGUGGGGUUCACAUGAUUAGUACUCCGAAGAGUUUUUUAUGAUGUCACAGAUUCUUGUCCCUCUCUCCUUUAAAUUGUGCAUGGGGUUGAGGUCAGGUGACAGUCAAGGACAUUCUUUGGUCCUUUUUGAUCUUUUUACUACUUCAAAGCUUUGGGGUGUGUUUGGGCUCGUUAUCCUCUACAGAGACACAGAUCAGAUGGUGGAACGUGUCUGUGGAGAAUGAAGUGAAGUGUUUGUUCAGGGUGCAGGUGAUAUGAUGCAGCUGUUUGACUCCAGAAGAGACAAACACUCCACAGUGAACAUUGCCAAAGUUGUCUUGGUAAUUUUCAUAACACUUUGAGGCCCAUGUCUGCAGUGAGGGCAACAUUUAAUGUUUGAAAUAGUUAUACAGGGUUCUAUAUUAAAAAAAAAAAAGA